AUGCUCACUGGAAAGUCUCUCCAGAUGACCCAGCUUCUGCUGGUCGUCUUACCCUCUUUCGUCUUGUUUGGUUACAACCAGUCUGGUGUUGGCGGUCUCCUGUCGCUUAGUGACUGGAACAAGCACUUUCCUUCGAUCGACACGGUCCAUGUUAGUGGCGCUCUGAAGAGCGAGAGGUCGACCAAGCAAGGUGCCGUUGUUGCCACCUUCACCCUUGGUGCCCUCUUCGGCGCACUUACCUGUUCCUGGAUUGGCGAUGUUCUUGGUCGCCGCAAGGUCAUCUUCGUUGGCGCUAUCUGCACUCUUAUUGGCGAGAUCCUACAGUGCACCUCUUUCGGUAUUGCCCAGUUCGUCGUUGGCCGCUUCAUUCUCGGCUGGGGCGUUGGCCAGCUCAGUGCUACUGUACCUGUCUGGCAGUCUGAGUGUUCGUCCUCUGCCAACCGUGGUAAGCACGUCGUGCUUGACGGCUGCUUCAUUGCCCUGGGCUACCUCCUCGAGGCCUGGAUCAACCUCGGAUUCUUCGAGCAGAACAACCUUCCUCUCCAAUGGCGUAUUCCUCUUGCCAUCCCCACCGUUAUCUCGCUCAUCCCCAUGGCCGUUGUCUUCGUUAUCCCCGAGUCGCCUCGAUGGUUGGUGAACAAGGGCCGCGUCGAGGAUGCCAGGAAGAGCUUGUCUCAGUUCAAGGGCCUUGACCUCCACGAUCCCGAGAUUGCGUCUGAGAUCAGCGCUAUCGAACUUGCUCUCGAAGAGACAAAGGGCAGCGCCGUCAAGAUCAGCGACAUCUUCACUAACGGCAAGGACAAGCUGUUCUACCGAUUCUCCCUAUGCAUCUUUCUGCAGUUCCUCCAGCAGAUGUGCGGUUCCAAUUUGAUCUCCACCUACUCCACCAUCAUCUUCCAGCAGGGUCUCGGCCUUAGCUCGGAGACCUCCCGCAUCCUGUCUGGUGGCGCACUCACCUGGAAAUUCCUGUCCUGCUUUGUCGCCUUCUUUACUAUCGACCGAUUUGGUCGUCGCAAGCUCUUCAUGUUCUCCGGCGCGGGCAUGGCUUCGUGCAUGUUGGCUCUUGCUGUCGCCUCCUCCUUCCCCAAGACCAACAACGCUGCGCAAAUCGCCUCUGCGCUGUUCGUCUUCCUCUUCAACUUCUUCAUCCCCGUUGGUUUCCUCGGCGCCAACUUCCUCUACUGCACCGAAGUCGCGCCCACACGUCUCCGUGUCCCUAUGGCCGGUAUCUCAACCGCCAACCACUGGCUGUGGAACUUCGUCGUCAACAUGGCCACCCCCGUCGCCAUCGAGACCAUCGGCUGGAAGUACUACCUCGUCUUCCUCAUCAUCUCCGCCAUCAUCGUGCCGGUUGUGUACUUCCUCUACCCCGAGACUAUGGGCCGCUCGCUUGAGGAGCUUGAGAUGAUGUUCAGCAGCGGCCGCAGCAUCACCGGCAUCGUGCGCGAGUCGAGGAGGCCGCUGACCGGCGGGUUCGCCAGCGACAUCGUCUCUAUCGAGAAGGGCGACGAGAAGAACGUCGACAAGGUCGAGUCGGUCCGCUCUUGA